AUGGGCCCUCCUACACCAUUCAACGCUUCAGACGUCGCUGAAAAAGCGCGUCGGGACCUGCUUCUUCUGCUCGAGGGUAUAAGAGGAAAGAAGAACCUUGUCCUCGAGAAGGCGCUCGCGGGGUCUCUGAACCUACUCGUCAAGUUCUCAACGCUACAGGAAUAUGGCGUCGAUAAGCCGUUCUUUUUGGAGAACGACAACGUCGACUCGUCGCAGCGGAACGUGGUGUUCCUCGUUAGAGGAGAGAAGGCGAAGACGGUGUUGGCGGUUUCUAAUCAGAUCAAGCGAAUACGCCGAGAAAGCCAAAUCGAGCAUGAGUUCUCCAUCUUUUGGGUGCCGCGGCGGACCCUCGUCUCAGACCAGUUGCUCGAAGAGGCGGGUGUACUUGGCGAGGCAAGCGUGAGCGAGUGGCCGAUGUUCUUCGUGCCGCUUGCGGACGAUGUCUUGUCGCUGGAGCUUGAAGACGCUGUGACAGAUCUUUAUUUGCGGAAAGAUCCUACGUCGAUAUACCUCUCAGCCAAAGCUUUGAUGCUCCAACAACAGAAACAUGGGCUUUUCCCGCGUAUACUAGGAAAGGGAGACAACGGCAAACGCCUUGCUGAUCUUCUGAUCCGGAUGCGUACCGAAGUCACGGCGGGCGAGAGUCCAAGCGCGACUGGGCCCUCAUUCCUCGGGUUAACACCGAGUUCAACCAUCGACAGUCUCAUCAUCAUUGAUCGAGACGUGGACUUUCCCACUGUCCUCCUCACCCAACUCACCUACGAAGGCCUCAUUGAUGAAGUCUUCAACAUCGCUGCGAACCAGACAGAGGUCGACUCUUCAGUUGUCGGUGGCACAGCGCCACAAUCCGGUCAAACCGGCUCUGCGUCGACGAGCAUGAAGCGCAAGAUCAUGAUUGACCCCAAGGAUUAUCUCUACUCUACCCUCGGCGAUUCGAACUUCGCCAUUGUAGGUAACCUUCUUAACAAGGCUGCAAGGCGGCUUCAAAGUAGCACGGAGCGGAACCAGCUUGCUGCGAAAACCACAGCUGAGCUGCGAGAGUUCGUCGCCAAAUUGCCAGGGUACCAGGCCGAGCAGGCCAGUCUCAAACUUCAUACCUCUCUUGCCGAAGAGAUCAUCAAGUAUACGCACACCGACAUCUUCACGCGGUCUCUUGAAGUCCAACAGAACAUUAUGUCUGGCUUGGAUCCCACUACGCAGCAUGAGAACAUCACGGAACUCAUCAACCGCGACGUCCCACUCCCCAUCAUUCUUCGGCUUCUCUGUUUAGAAAGCACAACAAACGCCGGUAUGCGGCAUAAAGACCUGGAGACCUUCAAGCGCGCAGUCAUUCAAGCCUAUGGGCCCCAGCACAUCCUUACAUUGUCAUCCCUGGAAAAGAUGAGUCUCCUGCAACCUCGUGGCGGAUCGGGCCUGGGAGCAACGCCAGCUGCCAAACCAGGAUCUGUGACCAACUACACGCCGUUGAGGAAAUCUCUUCGGUUGUGGGACGAUGAAGUAAACGAGGCCGAACCUAACGACAUCUCCUACACAUUUUCCGGCUACGCACCUCUCUCAGUCCGUCUCAUCCAAUCUAUCAUCCAGAAACAGACCCUUGCCAACAUCAUCAAGCCGCCUUCAGACCCCCGAGCAGCGGCCCAAGCAAAUCCGUUAGCACAGGGUUUGCGCAUUUUCGACGAUGCGAGCAAGUAUGUGCGCGGUGCCACAUUCGACGAAACCCAGACGGGUGAGGAGAAAGCCAUCAAAGCGCGGAGUAUGCUCAAUGGAAGCCACAACGAUGCCGCAAAAACAAUCGUGGUGUUCUUCCUUGGUGGAAUGACUCGGGCGGAAAUUGCAGCGCUACGAUUCAUCGGCAGCAAACUGAAGGAAGUUGGAGGCGAGGUUCGGGGAAGCAGGAUAGUUAUCUGUUCUACGAAUAUGAUCAGGGGUAGUGGGUUGGUUGGGAGUGCGAUUGAGAGGGAGAGAUUCGGGGGAUAGAUAUCACGGCUUCCGUGGUUGUGACAAUUUGAACACUGGGAUUGCGAACGGACAGGCGUUUACCUUUCUCAUCCUUCACCUCAAGACGAAGCCGUGCUCUUAUAUUUUUGCGCUAGGGAUCGCUGGGUCAUACGAUGAUGGUGAUGCAUUUGGCGCUCUUGAGAACAGAUGCCCAAUGAUCUGGCCCAAUAAAAGCCUUCGUGCGUGGGUCACAGAAUGUGGAGCUGGUAUUGGUCGAGAUGAAGGCUAAUUUACGGGCCGUGCUCUUUUGGUGGCUGACUGGGCGGUUACUGGGCAGCCGCAAUGCUGCUGUAUCCUCAGUCUCAUCGGGCUGAAGAGGGG